AUGGAACCUUACGAGGCACUGUACGGUCAUAAGUGUUGCACUCCUUUAUGUUGGAUUGAGUUGGGCGAGCGACGUGUUCAGGGUCCUGAGUUGGUCUCUGAGAUAGAGGAUAAGAAAUCGUAUGCGAAUUUGAAGAAGCGUGAGAUCGAGUAUUCUGUAGGGGACUUAGUUUUUCUCAAGGUCUCACCAUGGAAAAAGGUUUGGAGGUUCGGUCGCAAGGGCAAGCUGAGCCCUCGGUUUAUUGGACUUUACCUCAUUCUGAAAUGUGUGGGACCUGUCGCUUAUCAGUUGGAGUUACCUCCGGAGUUGGACUGCAUUAAUGAUGUUUUUCACGUCUCGAUGUUGAGGCGCUACUGCUCUGAGCCCAUGCAUGUUGUUUCUGUUGAGAAGAUUGAGGUUCUGUGGCGUAAUCAUAGUACUGAGGAUGCCAUGUGGGAGCCUGAGGAUGCGAUGCAUCAGCAAUAUUCUCAUCUGUUCUGA